AUCAUCGUAUUCAGGUGUGUCGAUCAUAGUUUCAUAAGUAGCAUUAGAUAAAAAAUGAAAGAACGCUCGAGCCUUUGGUGUGUCUUCGAUGCCAUAACUGGAAUAAUCAUAAUUUGACGAUUUAAUCUCCAAACGAAUUAAUGGAAGCUCGAAUCCUGGAUUACAUUUAGCGGGCAUAUAAUAAACGACGGUUUAGCAAGCCUGAAGAGUUUAUACUCAUGAUUCCAGUAUAUUGAGAUAGCAUCGUAUUGGUAUCGGUACCAAGAAAUUAUGGAAACAAAAAUUAAACUUGCAAGAGCAGUUAAUAUGAAUAUGGCUACAAGGAACCUUUUGAAAAUUUUAAAUUGACAAUUAAAUGAUGUUCAUUUCUUAUUGAUAACAAAAGGAUAAUUGUUUUCAAUACCUUUCUAACGGAUGUCUGUGACGUGCUACCAGAUGAUUAAAUCCAUGAAUACUUGAAUUGUUAGCAAAUUCAACGAAGUACUGACCCAUUAAUGAUUUUGUAGUCAUUACAUCCGUGCCGACAUGCAUAGCUGAUUCUUCUGGGACAGACCGAACAUUUUUAACCAUCAAUCUCAAUGAAAGAUUGAUAUCACAUCUAUAAUAUCAAAAGGGUAUUAACGAAAUAAGCUUAUUAUGAAUACGGAUUCAAAAUUCCAUUUGGCGAAGUUCCGGUUUUUCCGGUAUAUUAUUAAAAAAAGUGGAAAUAAAAAUGGAGAACAACGAGGAAGAUGUUCGUCAUUUUAAAGAGAUAUACAAAAGAAAACCUUGCUUUACAAAAUCGAUCGCUCAUUAUCAUGCUUAUCCGAAUUAUGCUUCCGGCGAUCCUUACUUACGAUGCGAACAUUCAAUGAAACACAACGUCAACCAGAUGGAUUCUUAUGGACGUAAAAAGAAAUCUAAAACGCAUCGUUGUCCUUCCUGUCAUUGUCAGCCUAAUUUUAAAAGAACAUCAUCCAAAAAGAGGGACAUUGAUAACAUCGAGGCAAUUUUUAAGAAAACUGAGCAUAUAUUUGACAAUGCAUUGACAAACGGUGGUGUAAAGAAAUCGUAUAGCAUUCCUCUCUCACCAAAAUUAGAUCCCCGUUGUCAUCGUACUCAUUAUUCCAAGAAAACAUCGAAUAAUUAUCAUCGACAAAAGGAGCAUAGGAACGAAGAAGAGGAUGAAAAGUUCACGACGAUAAUUGAUGAUAUCAUUAAUAAAGGCGUCGAGAAUGAAUGUUAUAACAAAUAUCCGAACCUUCCGCCAAUUAAUAUGUCGACGAAGGAUUGUUAUUGGAAGAACAAUCAGUUAUUACAAGACAUACCAGAUUAUUCUGAACCGGACAGUGAUUUUUUUGAUAAAUGUUGUGAAAGACAUCAUCGAUCAAAGAGAUGUGACAGUUCCAUGGGAGAAUUUGAAUCGAAUUUGAAGAAAAAAGAAAGCGACCUAGAAUAUAGGCAGUAUUUGAAACAGCAGUAUCAUGAGCUUGAUCAGUUGAAGUGCACUUCUCAUUUAUGUGAGAAAUUGAAGAAUAUCGAUGAUCAGCAGUGCAAAGAAGAUGAUUUUUUGAACGUCGAACAAACAGAGAGAAAGAAAAAAUCGAACUUACUCGAGGAUGAGACAAGAAGGAAGAAGAAAGAACAUCAUUUCAAUAACGAAUUGCAAUGUAUUGAUGCAAAGUCUUCUAAGGGGCCUCAAGUUUCGAUGAGUAAUAAUAAGAAUGUGCUAGAGCAGAGAAACGAUAAAACUGUUCAACAAAUAGAAGUUGGCACCAGCUAUCAUAGCAUAAAUGGAGAAACGGAUGGUGAUGUCGAUGAUUUUUUGGAGGAUGAAAAAUUAUAUAGAGAAUUGAAGAAUAUUUCUUACUUGAAACCCUGUCGUAUAUCAACCACUGUCAAAAAUAAGAAAGUUACGAAAUCGUUCGAGGGAACGACUUGUGACGGAAAAGAAAUUAACGAGAAAAUCGAGAAUUCUGACGUUGUUGAGAAAAGUGAUCAGCUUGAGGAGGAUCUCGAUCUUCACGCCAGUAAGAGUCAUAUUCUGAAUUUGAUCGACAAAGCUUUGAGCAAAGAAUUUGGUCCUUUGGACGUGAAGAAGAGAGAUCCGGUUAAGGAAGAAAUAACACGGCAAGAGCUGUGCAUUGAGAUAAGUCGUGCACUUCAAAGCGAUAAUUACGAUUCAUUGGCGCAGAUGUUGUUGAGCAAUCGUGGUACGCCGGAUUACGUAAGGCACCUGAAAAUCUUACGUUGGGAAUAUCUAAAUCAUAUUCAAGAUAAGCUGAGAAAGUUAUAUAAUCUCGAGAAGAUUCUCGACGAUUGUUCAUCGCCGAGGAACUCGUUGUUGACCUUGCAAUCGCAUACGAAUACCACUGAUCAAUAUAAGCACGCUCGAACGUAAAUCUCACGCAAAAGAAGAGAGAAAUCAAAGAAGUCAGCAAGAGAAGAGAGAAUUCAAAACAAAUUGAUCCUAUCCAAAAGGGAGAGCGAUAAAGAAAUACAAAAUAAUAAUAAUAAUAAAAUAAAAAGAAAAUAAAUAAAAAUAGAAAAUCAUUCUCGAAUUUAUCUUGUUUGUUUAACAAAAAUAAAGUAGUCUAAAUUGUU